AUGCCUGCACUGAGCAAGCCGUGGAACGCGUACGUAGGCUUUGAGCCUUGCGAAGGCGGAAAUUUGUCGGCACACGACGUCGAUGCCAUCGUAUGGCUCGAUAUAGGUGCGUGCACGCCUCCCCUUACCCCAGACAACACACUCUAUUCGCACAAGGAAACGCGGAUCAUGGACCUAAUGGAAGGCAAAAUUCGGCAGUAUUUUCACGCCUUGGGGCUUGACGGCGAUGCUGCCGAGAAGCUGCAUAAAUACUACUACCAUGAAUACGGACUUGCUAUUCGUGGGCUCAUGAAACAUCAUACCAUCGACCCGCUGGAUUACGAUCGGAAAUGCGACAUGGCCCUCCCGCUGGAAGACAUUUUGCGUCCCUGCGGCAAGCUCAUCGACAUGCUUCGUCGGAUAGAUAAGAACAAGUUUCGGAUCUACGCACUGACGAAUGCGUACAAAUUGCAUGCAAAGCGCGUGCUUCGUCUCCUGCAGCUCGAUACGCUCGUGGACGCGAUUGUAUUCUGCGAUUAUACAGUCCAUGAUUUCUCCUGCAAGCCGGAAAGCGAAUUUUAUCUCGCUGCUGAGCAGGCCGUGCAGGCAAAAGAUACUGCGCGCCAUUACUUUGUGGACGACAGUGCGAACAAUGUCAAGGCUGCACACCGCCUCGGCUGGCAGUCCUGUGUUUAUUUCGACGAAAAUGCGCAUAUACAACAUCCUAGCGCUGCGGAGAAUAAGCUCACCACGAUAUCCGACCUGCUCCAGCUUCCCCGCGUUUGGCCCGGCUUGCUUCCAACGGCCGAUUCGCACUCGUAUGAAGCGUUGCGGCCUGGGUAUUCCAGCUACAUGGCCACGGUAUGGAUCGUUGUCUUGUUUGCAUGCAUUCGUGGAUUCAUGUACCUAAGGGUCCACUUUACCUACCGCGAAGAUGACUGGAACAGGCUUGUCCAGGUCGAAUUGCCUAAAGAAGCGGUGGAUAGCGCUUAUGCCAUGAACAUAUCGUCCACGAUCACCCUCACACCCGCAGCAUUCCCCCCGCCCAUGGCCGACACGUCGGGCGUGGAUGCGAUGAAAAACGCAUACGCCCAAGGAGAUCCCCACGCGGGCGUCAUCCAGCCCAAGAUUAUGGCGCUGCUACAGUCCCCACCCGUGCUAGCAUCGCCGCCGUGGCCCGCAGAAGCGCCGUCGAUUGCCGAGGACAUGUGGUCAAUGCACCCUUGGUCUUUUGAGAAAAAUGGGUCCAAAACCUUGCCGGCCGAUGCACUGCACCCCGAGCGGCAAGCCGUCGUAGACGACUGGAGGCCGAGUCCGUACAACCGAUGGACGCCGCCUCUCGCGAAUCUCUCGCGCGCGGCAAAGACGGAGCGACCGCGUAUCCAAUUUGCUUUUGAAAACGAAGCGGCGCACUCUGGCCGCAUCCAUGAUCCUGUGCGCGACAGCCUUAUUGCGGAGCGGCAAAAUUUAGUCAAGAGUGCGUUUAUCCGCGCGUGGCAAGGGUAUAAGAAAAAUGCUUGGGGAGCAGACGAGUUGCGGCCCGUCUCGCAACAACCAAACAACAAUUUCAAUGGCUGGGGCGCGACGAUUGUCGACGCACUCGACACGCUGCUUGUCAUGGGAUUGCACGAAGAGUAUAAUCUAGCGCGCAAUCACGUCCACGACAUUGACUUUUACUUUGUAGGCGGCGAGCGCAGUGCGUACGGCUUCUCGGACGGACGGAUUCCCGUGUUUGAAACCGCGAUUCGGUACCUGGGUGGUUUUUUGUCUGCGUACGAUCUUACUGCCGACACGCUAAUGCGCGACCGCGCAGAAGAGCUCGCGCAGCUAAUCCUUCCUGCCUUUGACACGCUCUCUGGCCUGCCCGUGGGCCGCAUGGUGUUUGACGACAAGGCAGAAUACACGGCGGAAAGCCCCCGCGGCAAGUCGGAGAGUGUGGUUCUUGCCGAGGCAACGAGCAUGCUCCUGGAAUUUACUCGUCUUUGGCAGGUAACGGGAAACAGGACCUACUUUGACCGCGUCCAGCGCGUGACGGACUUUAUCGACCGCAACCUCACACAUCGGAGCGCGAUGGGCACCUUGCUCCCAACGCAUAUUUAUCCCGAACAGGGAUCCUUGUCUGGAAAGUACACGCUCGGGGGGCAGACUGAUUCCUACUACGAGUACCUUGUCAAGGAGCACCAGCUCACGGGCGGCCGUUUGGAACAGUAUGCGCGGAUGUAUAGCGAUGCGGUGGACUCUGCCUUUGACCAUCUGCUCAAAGAGGCCCUCGUCGUUCCAACCGCGCCGUCCUUGGCGCUUUCGGUCGAGUCGUACGGCCAGGCCGCGUACUACAAUGCAAAACUUGAGCAUCUCGGCUGCUUUGUAGGCGGCAUGCUCGCGCUUGGGUCGCGGCUGCUUCCCGAGCGCAGGCGUGAUUUGAACGUGGCACGUCGGCUGACAGAGACGUGCUGGUGGGCGUACAACAGCACACUGACUGGUAUUGGGCCCGAAGAUUUGGAGUUUUACGGCCCGAACGACAGCGAUCGGUACAAGGUGAUUGAAAUUGACGACGGCACGCGGCGACGGGGCCGGUUGAACGGGAACCCUUUGGUCGGUGUGCGUGGAAGCAACGGGCGCUACCAAAACCGCCCCGAGACGAUUGAAAGCGUGCUGUACAUGUACAGGAUCACGGGCGACCCUGCGUGGCAAGAGCGCGGCUGGCAAAUGUUUGCCUCCUGGAUGACACACGGACUGGUUUCUGCGGGCGUAGCUGCGCUGCACGAUGUCCACGCUGUGCCGUCGCCGCAAGCCGACAGCAUGGAAAGCUUUACGCUUGCAGAAACAUUCAAGUAUUACUAUCUGCUCUUCUCGCCGCCCAACUUGGUGUCGUUUGACGACUUUGUCUUUACCACCGAGGCGCACCCUCUCCUUGCCCCGAGCCAACAUCACUGGGGCGUGCCUGGCCGCGUCCCGUCCUCGUUUCCGCACUGGACGCCGCCGUCGGCGGAGCAGCCUGGCUCCGCGUACACGGGCGGCGAGCACCGUGCGCGCGGCGGGCUUACGAAUAGCCAGAAACAAGAGAUGGCCAGGCGCUUGCACAACGAGCUUCCUCUGGCACACCAACCGCAGGGCGUGGGCAACGAAGAGCACCUUUCGCCCGAGCAGUAUGCGCAGCUGAUAGACCGGCUAAAAGAAACACAGCACUAG